UGCUUUUGCAGGUCCAUCCAUCCUUCGAUCCUUCGACGCCCGCCCGAGGAUCUUCGCUUCGACUGCUCGACUCCAUCUCCAUCUCGUCAUGCGACUUUCUUUCCACACGUUUGAAAUCUGCGAAUAGCGGCACCAUCACCACCACUUCUCAGGGCAUAUCAAUAGCCAAUUGAUUACAACAUGGCGCACCACCACCACGCUGAAGGGGUCAUCAACCCCCUCAGACCGUACUACAUCCCGCCCACCAUUGGCGAGCCCGCAGUCGAGCCCAUGACGGCACCCGGUCCCCAUGCCUUUGCCCAGGGAAACGCGACCGACAACUAUGCCUCCAAGGCGCGAACCAUCUUCUCCGACAUCGACAUCGACUACAAGGACUACCUCAACGACCAAUCGCCCUCGGUCAUGUCGACAGUCAAGGAAGUCCUCGACGAGCUGCUGUGGAAGUACAUGUCCGUCUUCAUGGCCCAGCCCUUUGAGGUGGCCAAGACCAUCAUGCAGGUUCGCGCCCAGGACGACUUGGGAGGGCUGGAGGCCCUCGCGGUAGAGCAGGCGAAGCAAAAGACGGCGACGAACCAAAGGAUUCGCAUGUAUGAUGAGGACACCCCCUCCCCCUACGACUCCGAUUCCGAUCAAGAUGAAAUGGCCUCUUUCUUCACGGCCAAGGUCCCCCACCGACCAGCCUCGCCAUCCCAGAGUCGCUCAGGCAGACCCAGAUCCCCGAGCCCCGGCGCAUCGACCACGCGCACCCCCAGCAAACAAGUCCCAGAACACCAACUCACAUUGCGCACGCCCAACUCGGUGCUCGAGGUGAUUGCGCAGCUAUGGCAGAAAGAAGGAGCGUGGGGCGUGUGGAAGGGAACCAAUGCAACUUUCAUCUAUUCGGUUCUGCAGUCGCUGCUAGAGAACUGGUCGCGAAGUUUGCUUAGCGCACUCUUCAACGUCCCUGAUUUGGGCGUACGAGGCGACCUAGACCGGCUAGUUGACAUAGCGUCACCAUACCCAUGGGCGUCACUUUUCGUUGCUGGUGCUGCUGCCGCCAUCACCGGCCUCAUCCUCUCUCCUUUGGACUUGGUCCGGACACGCCUCGUCCUAACCUCUGUCUCUCGCGGCUCCCGUCGCACCCUCUCCACCCUCCGCGCCCUCCCCUCCUACCUCUGCCCCGCCACCCUCGUCAUCCCCACCGUUCUGCACUCCCUCAUCCACCCCGUCCUCAUGCUCUCCACACCCCUCGUCCUCCGCUCGCGCUUCAUGAUCGACCGCGAAGUCUCCCCCGUGGCCUUCUCCAUCGCCAAGUUCUGCUCCUCCACCGUCGCUCUGUUCAUCAAGCUACCCCUCGAGACCGUCCUCCGUCGCGGUCAGGCGGCCGUCCUCAGCUCGCCGCAGUACGUGGCUGCGCUGGAGCCCAAGGCGCCGACUGUCACAAAGAGCAGGAGGGCGGCGGCGGCGGGCGAGAGGGGAGAGGAUGGUGCCGUACCACAGAUGGAGACGAUCGUCCCGCUGGGUAGGUACAAUGGGUUGUUUGGCACAAUGUAUAGCAUCGUCAAUGAGGAGGGGUCGCAUGCGGCGCCCAUGACGGCGGCGGCCAAGAGGAAGGCGGCUGCGGCCAAGAAGAAGGGCGACGCGACGGUGCCACAGGUGGUUUAUAGGCGGGGACAAGGGUGUGAUGGGUUGUGGAGGGGAUGGAAGGUUAGUUGGUGGGGGUUGGUUGGGCUGUGGACGGCGGGGGUGAUUGGGGGUGGUGGUGAUGCCGGAGAGUUUUAGGCGCAUAUCUUAGGGAGAUGAGAUGGCCAUGAGAAAGUGGCAUUGUGUGUGGGUGGAAAAAGAAAAAAAGAAAGAGAUGGUGUUUUGCAUAGCCGGAUAAGUUGAAAAAAAGGAGGUUUGUUACUAUCGUCACAGGACUGGAGACAGGGAGGCUGCUUUCAUUUGUAGUACUGGCGUUCAAAGGAGCUUAGACUGAGUGGCUUGUCGUUGGAAGACAGGCAGGCAGGCAAGGUUUACGGGUUCAAGAUCCCCUCUCAACAUUUGUUUUUUUGUUUUCACGAAAUGACGGAUAUAUGGAGGGUUGAAUGGGCGGGAGGCGGCGGUGAUAGUUUUUGGCACUAUAUAUGUAUGUGAUAUCCCUAACAUUUUUCUUUUCGACGUUCUUUCGUCUUUGGCAGAUGAGAAGGCUCCGACUGUCGCACGACGAAAGCCGCAGUAGUGAGUGAUGACAGAAGAGAAAAGGACCGCACAGCCG